AUGCUGGAUGCCCUCAUGGGGCCGAGCCGCAAUCAGACCAGCAAAGACUCCGAGAUGCCAGACUUCGCCGACGAAAAAGUUUGCAAGAACUUUUUGGUGGGAUUUUGUCCACACGAUUGGUUUACAGCGAGCAGGCGCAAGAUGGCACCGUGCAGCAAGAUCCAUUCAGAAGUUCUGCGGGAGACCUUUGAAGCUCACCCCGACGUCACCAAGUAUAGACGACAGUUCGAGGAGCAGUUCUUAAAAUACCUGGAGAAAAUCACUCGUGAGUGUGACAUGUUUAUAGGGCGGGAGAAGAUCAAGUGUAGACCCAAAGGUUCGGGGGGCGUCACCACCCGAAUGCCACCAGAUGUCCAAGAAAAGUAUGAGAAUUUGCAGAAAGAGCAUCAGAAGCUGGUGAAGGAGGCUGAGGAGACAGCGGACGAGUCACUCAGCCGGAGUAACGAGCUCACACGUCAAGCCGUUGAGGUGGAGCAGGAGAUAAGUGACUACCAGAAGCGGUACCGCUUUGAGUUCCCUGGUGAAGAAGUCUGUGAUGUUUGUGGCGUGCGUUACGCCUCGCAGGCAGAGGACAAUCCCGAUUGGCAUGAACGUGCUUCGCACCUUAAUGGCAAGAUGCACCAUGGCUGGUUGCAGAUCCGCCAGAAGCUGCAAGAGCUCAGGGAGAAGGAACGACUCUGGGAGCGAGAAGAUUAUCGGGAGAAGCAGAAGAAAAAGGAAAAAAAGGACAAAGGGGACGGAGAAGGUAAGGGGGGCAAGGAUCGUAAGCGUGGAAGGACCACCUCGAGCGACCAGAGCAGACAUCAGAAACGGCAAGGUUCCAAGGCGAAACGCUCGCGGAGCCCCAAGCGGAGCCCCAAGCGGAGCCCCAAGCGGAGAUCGCAGAGCGUCAAGCGGAGCCUUAAAAAGUCCUCCAAGAAGCUUUCGAGGAAGGGACAAAGCCGAUCCAGUUCGGCAUCUGCGAAGGCGCGGCACAAGAAUCGCAAAUCCAAGGCCUCCAAGGGCCGCGACAAGAAAGCCAGGAGCAAGCGUUCCAGUUCCAGUUGA